UGGUCACAUGGCUUUGGCCCUCAGGAAUGGAUAGAGAUGGAUCCCCACGUCAGCUUGUACGUCUAAGGAUUUCUGCUCCAGCAGUCUGUCUCAAAGUGACUGGAGCUGAGCGCGCGGAGGAACUAUGAGCGGAUUUUUAUAAGAAGGGUUUUCCAGCAGCAGAAUAUGGAUUUUGAUGAGCGGAUCCCUGCCUCCAAUAUGUAUUUACCGAGCUGCACUUACUACGUCUCCGGAGCAGACUUCCCGGGUCUGCCUCAUUAUUUAACCCAAAGCCAGUCCUCUUGCCCCGUGACAUACCCCUACCAGUCCCCAGCGCUACCACAGGUCCCCUCCGUGAGAGACGUUGCGUUCAGGGACUAUGGGAUUGAUGCCUCCAGUAAAUGGCACCACAGCAGGGGGAGCCUGACGCACUGUUACGCCGAGGACAUCACGCACAGGGAUGGCUGGACGACCCCGACCUCACGGGGGGGAGAUAUCCUGGUGAAAGGCAGCUCAAGCGCGGGACACUCAGGCGGCGUCACCGCUUCGACGCCUGGGGGUUUCUACGGCAGCGUUGGCAGGAACGGAGUCCUGCCACAGGCUUUUGACCAGUUCUUUGACACCGCGUACGGGAGCGCGGAGAACAGCACCACAAACACAGCACAAGCGGCAGCAGAUUCGGAACGACAGGCAGCCAAGAGGAGCCCCGCACCAGCGCACGCAGGCUCCGACACGGCGGAGAGCUUCAGCCCCAAGUCUUCCUCCGGACACAGCGAGGACAAGCGGAGUAGGAGCAGCAGUGGCCAGAGGACGCGCAAGAAGAGAUGUCCGUACUCAAAGUAUCAGAUCAGGGAACUGGAGAGGGAGUUCUUUUUCAGCGUUUACAUCAACAAAGAGAAGCGGCUGCAACUCUCGCGGAUGCUCAAUCUGACUGAUCGCCAGGUGAAAAUCUGGUUUCAGAACAGGAGGAUGAAGGAGAAGAAACUGAACAGAGACCGAUUACAGUACUACACAAACCCUCUGCUAUGGAUCGGUAAGCGCAGUAACGAGCCAGUCAACCAAAGCGGGAUCCCUUCCUCUGCUCCGUAUGUUCAAGGGAUGGAAACGUGGCUGGAAACCUCGAGAUCGUGCCGGGUGGAUCAGCCCAGCAGUGGCCAGCAUAUGCCUCAGUGCUCCUUCUCCCCGAGCAUAAAGGAGGAGAGCGCAUACUGCCUUUACGAGUCUGACAAAUGUCCUAAAGGAUCAUCAGUGGAUGACAUUUCCUACUCGAGCGCAUCGUGCCCCGUUACCGGGAGCAGCUUGCCGGUCCCCGGUUACUUCCGUCUGUCUCAGGCGUACACGUCCUCCUCCAGGCUGUACCAAGAUGUCCAUCCAAACAUGAACCACUUCACCCUGCAGAGACCUGCUCGCUCGGACAGCCAACCCUCCCAGCCUGCCCGUGCUGAGCCAGAGCGGAGGGAGAGCCACGAGGAGGCGCCUAUCCCUGCGCCCUGCGCCCCGGCCGGAGAGGAGGACAGUCGGCUCUCCUCGGACAGCUCGUCCUCCCCUGAGCCCGCCGAGACCUGCGUUACGGAGAGUCCGGAGAAACCCGUAAAAGGAGAUGGGAAAAUAGAAACCACGGCCAACUGGCUCACAGCGAAGAGUGGCCGAAAGAAGCGCUGCCCCUACACCAAGCACCAGACUCUGGAGCUGGAGAAGGAGUUCCUCUUCAACAUGUACUUGACUAGAGAGCGUCGCCUGGAGAUCAGCCGCAGUGUGCACCUCACUGACAGCGCCAUUUUCUUGCAUUUUGGUGCAAUGUCGACGUUGGGAACGAGUUUUUAUAUUGAGUCGCCUGUUCUUGCCGAGCAGGAAGACAUGGCAUCCAGAUUCUCAUCAGCUGCAGGGGUGGAGCAGGCGAUGCUCACCGAAUAUGGCGGACAGGAGCCGUGCCCUUUGCAAGCGAAAUCUUCUAUUUUUGGUGGAUCUUGGAGUCCGAUCUCUGGUCACCCUCCAAACACAGCGGCUCCAACCUACAUACAUCACCAUUACACCAGUGGGGACUGCGAUGGCAUGUUUACGCGCUCCUGGGCGUUGGAUCCGGUCUCUGCGUCCCUCUGUCUGACGGGAUUACCCUCGACAGCCAUGCACUAUGAGAUCAAACCCGAGCCUCUGGUCGGGAGUGCUGAAUGCACAACUUUGGAGACGCACACAUCGCUUUUGUCCGACAUUGGAAAUGAAGCCUCGCUCACGGAGAUUCCCUGCGAAACCUCGUCCAUGAUUAAAUCUGUUGUGGAGGAGAGCCCGCCAGCGGAGGAGAAGAGGGAGACAGAUGCAAAUAACCCUUCAGCCAACUGGCUUCACGCAAAGCCCACCAGAAAAAAGCGUUGUCCCUACACAAAGCACCAAAUCCUCGAACUGGAAAAGGAGUUUCUCUUUAACAUGUACCUCCCCCGGGACCGUAGAUAUGAGAUAGCUAGACUCCUGAAUCUGACCGAGAGACAGGUGAAAAUCUGGUUUCAAAACCGCAGGAUGAAGAUGAAGAAAGACAACAAAGAUCGGCGAAGAAACAGUUAACUUGUUUUUUGGACUGAUGCUGGAUAAGAGCCUUAGGAGGGGGAAGAAGGGGGGGGGGGGGGGGGGGGGGGUACUUAAUAUUCCUGACAUGUUACACAUGUUGUAAAGUUUAUGUUGUUCAAACAAGACAGGAUUUUUUUUGUAGUAUUCCAUGUUUGUCUCGUAAGAAUUUAGGAGAUGUGAUUGUUGUAUUUGUUGCACAUAAAUAGUAGACUUACUGUAGAAUAUUUGUUAUUUGCAUGUACUGUAAUGAUCUUCGACUACCUGAAUGUCACAGCUACCUGAUUGUGUAAUAAUUUAACUUAUUCUUUUUGUAAUCUAGAUGUUUUUUAACCGUAAGCUGUUGAUCUAAUUGUGGAAACAAUGUGCACACUUCAAAUACCUCGUUCCUGUUUCAUUCAAAAUAAAGAGUAGUUCAAUAGAACAUAAGAAAAUUAUAAUGUGUUCUAUAUUUAUUAUACCAUUACGUUUAUGAAAAAAACACUUUUAGUGUAUUAAUACGAAUAAACCGUAUUUUUCUGUCCUUCCAUAUGUUUUUAAAACAACUUCGACAAAGAGUUUUUAGACUCAGUUAUUAAAAGGUCAAAAGAUCUGCAACACAACGAGUCUUCGUUUCAGUGCAUUUUUUAAAAAAGGGCUCUACGUCUGCUGGUUUGUAACCUUUCAGCUCUACGGAAAAAAUAACCCUUGCGAAAAAAAAUCUCGAAGACUCCCCACAUUUGAUUUGAUUUAAAAAAAUAUAUUUUGACAACCCUUCUAACACAAAGUGAUUUUUAACAUGGAUAAUUAUAUAGGCCUAUAAUCAAAUUAUUAUUGAAACAAAAAUUGAGGAAAAUAUGCAAACUUUUCCAUUCAGCCUAUGGCCUCAGUUACCAACAUUAUUUGAAGUACAGGCCUCCUUCGUUUAAAAAUAC